ACAUUUUCAAGAUGGUGGCAGACAAGUUAGAUUUUAGUAGGCGCGGUUCUUUCGUUCGAUUAUUCUUUACAAUUGCACAGUAGUAAGACAUACAAGGAUCGUUGAAAAAAAAUAUUGUAAAAAUAUUACUCCGUCAUAAUAUCUUAACGGAGCGUUCGAAAUUUCUAUAUUUGAUUUAUUGUGUCAGCUGAUAAAAUGUUUACCUACGUUUCACCAAAUGCAUUGCAUAUAUUUCGUGAAAAAGAUAUUUUCUAGUUUAUACAUUUCUAUUAAAUAAUUUGCCAAAAAAGUAAUAAUAAAAGUGCGAUAAUUUAUAAACUGAAGAAUUUCUUUAUGCAAGGAAAAUUAAAGUGACUGCUAUGGAAAAGUUAAAAGAUCAUGGUUGGUAUCUUUCCAACGAUGGAUAUAAUCUUGUCAGUGAUUCUGGUAAUAUCAGCAACACAGAGGAAGUAUUAAGACGUUGCUUGGAUCUUGAUUUAAAAGAAAUUGGUAGCGGACAAGGAGACAUUCAUCAAGGAAAUAUUGUACUACAAAUACAAAAAUUACGCAAUGUUGCUGCCCCUAAAAGUAAUGAAGAAUCUCGUGGUGCACCACGCAUGUUAAAGAUAUCUUUAACCGAUGGUAAAAAUAAUUAUCAAGCUGUGGAAAUUGAUCCUCUUCCUUCCAUAAGCUUGAAUACACCUCCCGGUACAAAAUUAUUACUAAAACCAGGAAGUGUUCCUAUAUCACAUGGAAUUAUUCUGUUAAGAUCUUUGCACAUAGGUCAACUAUUAGGAGGAAGAGUAUCGGGUCUUGUAGAAAAAUGGGAAUUAAAUAAAAAAUUAGCAAAUCACUCAAGAGUAAGAUCUGCAGAGGAAGGUGGUCCUCCACCAUGGAUACCGUUUGGAAGAGAAAUUAUGAGAAUUUCUGAUCAGGACAAAAAUUUCAAAGCGUUAGCUGAAAAGGAUAAAAGUAGUAAGGAAAAUGCUGAAUUUGAAGCACAGCGUAAAGAUGCGAUAGCUGAAGCUGCUAAACAAGGUAGCAAAAAAGUUUUUGGCGGUGGAAAUAAGCAGCUACUAGAUCAUAGUGUACAAAGGAUAGUAGAACAAGGAUUUUCCGUAGAGCAAGCUGAAUAUGCUUUGCGUGUUAACAGAAAUAAUGUUGAUAAAGCAAUCAAAAGUUUACAAAGAACCAAUAAUAAAAACAAGGAUUCAAGAGAACCUAGAGAGCCAAGAGAACCAAGAAGUAAGCGUUUUGAUAAAAAAUCUGAGGACAGUAAACCAAGCAGUGGAAAAAUAUCUUUAUUUGAUUUUCUCGAGGACAAGUUGCCAAUUCAACCGGAGCCUUUAGAAACUGCUCAAAAUAAUUAUGUACAAAGUAAUGAAAAUAAUGUUGAACGUCUUGAAUCAAAAGCAGAUAUGCAUAGUGCUAGAGGAGGACGGUCUCAAAGAGGUGGUCGUGGGUAUCAAGCUCCUCCAAGACAUAGUGAAGAAAAUAAAGUAAAUAAAAGAUUAAGUAAUAAUAAUUCUGUUUCUCAGCAAUAUUCACAGUACAAUGGAAAUAGUAGUACUCAACAAAGUAAACCACCUAGAUUUCAACGAAAUCAGGAUACACAUGGUUACUAUCAUCAAGAUAAUGGAAAUAGAAGUGGUUCUCAAAAGAAUCAACAUAAUGAAUAUAAAAAUUCUCUUCCUCAAUCUCAUUCUGGUAUUGGGUAUACUGAAGACAAUGGAAAUAAUCAUAAAAAUCAACACGAUCAACAGGGAAAAAAUCAUUCUAGUAAUAGGAAUUAUAACCAUUUUGAAUCAGAAACUAGGAACAGACAUCUUCCUGACAAUUCCUAUAAUAGACAUAAUCGAUCACAAGAGACAGGAAGUAGAGUUUAUGGAGCUAAUACGUCCGAUAGAAAUGAUAGAAACCAUUUAAAUAAAUAUCAUUUACAUGAUAAUGCAAAUAAUAGUAGGGAAAAUAUUGGAUCUACUGCACAUAAAAAUGAAAAUCAUCAUUUAAAUAAUCAAAGUACUAAUGUUCCUACUAGUAAUCCAUGGGUGUGGCAAAUAGGUGACAAGUGCAUGGCUAAAUAUUGGGAAGAUAAUAGAUAUUAUAAUGCUGAAGUGACUGCCGUAUCUGAAAAAACCUGCGUUGUACAAUUUAAAGGUUUUGAAAAUUAUGAAGAGGUUCUUCAAGAAGAUUGUAUACCUAUAACUGAAGACAUUCAUAUGGAAAAAAAUGAUCGAGGAAGGGAUCAAAGAGCAAACAACAGGCAAACUCGAAAUGAGCCAAGUCAAAAUAAUAUUACAGGUGGUAUGGAGUUCCGCAGAGGUGGCAAUGGACCUAACUCGGGAAAUAAAGGAUACAAUAAGAAACGUGGUCCAGUACGUAGUACUCAACCGAUCUAUCAGCCACCUGCACAACGAAAUCAUUAUUCCAUGCCAACUAAUCUACAAAAUAAUUCUCUACUCUAAUGUGUGUAGUAGCAAAAUAAUUUUCUUUAGAAAAGAUAACGAAAGCUCUACUGAAUAUUCAGUCAUAGUUUUGCUGCUGUUCAAGACUGACUUUAUGGAGUACCAAAAUGCUUUCCAUACAUGCAGAACUCAGUUCUCCAUGUGCAAGUCCGUAGAUUAUUUAAGAGAUAAUUCAAAUGACAACAUUUUUUCGUGUGGCAAAUGAUUUGUACUCAAAGUUGAAAUUCAAUGUGUAAUAACUGUAUAAUUAUGAUACAAAUUGUUUCCUUAUGUGGUAUGUGAAGAAAAUGGAAGCUAAAAUAACUUCACAAA